UCCUCCUCCUCUCGCUCUCUCUGGCCAUGGCCUUGUCCUGUUCGCUCCGUCCGCCGCUGGUGGUCAUCCUGGGGGCCACGGGGACCGGCAAGACCCGGCUGGCCCUCCAGCUGGCCCUCCGCCUCGGAGGAGAGAUCCUCAGCGCAGACUCCAUGCAGGUGUACAAGGGCCUGGACAUCAUCACCAACAAGGCCUCUCCUCAGGAGCAAACCCUGUGCAAGCACCACAUGAUCAGUUUCGUGGACCCCUUGGUCACCAACUACACCAUCGUGGACUUCAGGAACAAGGCCGCCUCCAUUAUUGAAGACAUCUUUGCCUCCCGAAAGAUCCCGAUUGUGGUUGGUGGGACCAAUUAUUACAUCGAGUCUCUGCUCUGGAAGGUCCUGAUCGACACGGAGGAGCAAGCGAAAAGUCCUGUCUCUGCAGAGGGAACAACUGAUCGGAAAAUGGAGCUGGAGAAACUGGAUGGCCAAGAGCUCCAUCGGCGACUGAGUCAGGUUGAUCCUAAAAUGGCUGCCAAACUGCACCCUCAUGAUAAGCGCAAGGUGGCCAGGAGCUUGCAAGUGUUUGAAGAAACCGGCGUCCCCCACAGUGAGCUCUUGCGGCAGCAGCAUGAAGAGGAAGGUGGGGGACCCUUGGGGGGACCCCUGAAGUACCCCAACCCUUGCAUUUUAUGGCUUCAUGCAGAACAGGCAGUCCUGGAAGAACGCCUGGACCGGCGCGUGGAGGCCAUGCUCCAAGCUGGGCUGCUUGAGGAACUGCGCAGUUUUCACCAGCGAUAUAACCAGGAGAAGGUGGCUGAGAACUGCCAGGAUUACCAGCAUGGCAUUUUCCAGUCCAUCGGCUUCAAGGAAUUCCAUGAAUUCCUCAUCACAGAGGGCCAGUGUCCGGAGGAAAAGAGCCAGCAGCUCCUGGAGAAAGGAAUAGAAGCCCUAAAGAUCGUGACCAAGCGUUACGCCCGCAAACAGAACAAAUGGGUGCGGAACCGCUUCCUCCGGCGCCCCGGAUCCAAUGUGCCCCCCGUCUAUGGCUUGGAAGUCUCGGAUCUCUCCGAGUGGGAAGAAAAAGUCUUGGAACCAGCAGUCCGGAUUGUGGAGAGCUUCUUGCAGGGUCAAACACCACCUGCUGAACCCAUCACAGUAGCCCUCGACCCACAAGAUGAAGAAAAACGGAGCUGCCACCCAUGCGAGGUGUGCCAGAGGGUCAUAAUUGGAGACAGAGAAUGGAAAGCUCACCUCAAAUCCAAAUCCCACCGUUUCCAACUGAAGAAACUACGACAACAAGCUCUGGAUCAUCCCACGUCCACUGAGUCCCCUGUGGCCACUUUGGACAUGGGUGAAAACUGGCAAGAAGAGGGGGAAGUGAAGACCGGAGCUGCUGGAUUGACGUAAGCUGAGUCUCGCCUGUGGUAGCCAAAUCAUUGGUGGUAACUUUGGGGUGGAAGGUGGACAGGAUCCAGCCAUUCUUGUAGAAGUAGAGAGGAAUCUGCCCGAUCCAGCAUCUCAUGGCUGCAAUGGGUCUAAUAGCCCAAAGGACUGAGCUGAGUUAAUGGAUACCACUGUGCCAAACUUUCUAAUGUUGUAAAAAGUGAAGAUUAUAUACAUAUAUUUUUGUAUUCCAACGAAGUUGGAGGCUGUUGGCUUCCAUGCUGGUGGGGUGAUGAACCUGCUUGGAGUUCUGGUCUGAACCUCAAAGGAAUGUCCCAAGAUACCCAAACCCUACUAGCCUUACCUUCGGUUCAGCAUCUUGGAUCAAUCUGCUAAUGUGAAAUUAAAACUCAGACUGGAUUCCUUGCCCCUCAGAUCAGUGAGUUGGCAACAGCAGAAAUGCCAAAGACCCUCUUCCCCUCCCCAAGACCUGCAGGAAGUGAAUGUAUAGUAGAUGCGACCAGUACCAUACAAUCUUUUUUUAAGGAUUUCAUGCAGUCUUUAUUAAAUGGGGGAAAUGUCACCCCAAGGCCA